AAUUCUGAUUGAAGGUGACAGCAGCCUCAACCAUUAAGUGCUUCCUAUAUAAGGGGGCCACUCUACCAUUUGUUAUGCACCACUCAUCAGGACUAACAAGAGAGAUUGGAGGGCAGCAUUAAUUUUCUUAAACAACACUUUGGUUUGUAUUAUAGAGAAGAUGGUUGGGAAUUUGGCUCACCUCACUCUUGCUUUUGGCCUUCUUGGCAAUAUUGUCUCGUUUAUGGUAUUUCUUGCACCAAUACCAACGUUUUAUAGAGUAUACAAGAAGAAAUCAACGGAAGGGUUUCAGUCGGAGCCUUAUGUGGUGGGCUUAUUCAGUGCCAUGCUUUGGAUAUAUUAUGCAUUGCUCAAGAGCAAUGUCUUGCUCCUCAUCACCAUAAACUCAGUUGGUUGCUUCAUUGAAACAUUGUACAUUUGUUUCUUUCUGGUCUACGCACCAAAAAAGGCUAGGAUGGAGAGUUUGAAGCUAAUUGUACUGCUAAUAGUUGUUGGGUUCGGAUUGAUUGUGGUCCUUACUCAGUUCUUUGCCAGUGGAGUUACCCGUGGGGUCAUAGUUGGAUGGAUUUGCCUUGUGUUUUCUUUGUGUGUUUUUGUAGCACCUUUGGGGGUUCUGAGACAAGUGAUUAAGACAAAAAGUGUAGAGUACAUGCCAAUUUUAUUAUCAGUAGCACUUACUCUCAGUGCUGUUAUGUGGUUCUUUUAUGGCCUUCUUCUUGGUGACUUCAAUAUCGCGAUUCCAAAUGUACUUGGAUUCACCUUCGGCAUUAUUCAAAUGAUACUGUAUUUUGUAUACAAGAACAAGAAGCCAAUUAUCAACGAAAAGAUGUCCGAAAAAGGAGAACAAAAAUACACAAUAGGCAAAAUGGAGGAGCAAAAGAUGGUAGAAGUAAAAGAUCACAAAACGAUAGACGUUGUGAAAUUGAGUGCUAAUUUGUUGUCUCCGGAUGUUCUUCCAGUGGUUGCCAAACUAAAAGAAAACGAACACGAUGCUGUUCCUGUAGCUGUUCAUGAACCCGAAGCUCGCCCAACUGUCCCAAAUCACAUCAUUGAAGUCGCUGUAUGAGAUCGAGAUAUAUCUGUACAGACAGUACCUUGUCGUUUCGACUCAGAAAAACAAAUAAAUAUGUAGACAUGACUUGAACUUGCGGAUUCUAAAUGUGCAUUCUCUACCAAUUUAUCUACUCUAACUCCGUAUGUUUCUUUUAUUGAAAUUAAUAAUUAUUAAUAAAAACAUGUCUGAGGUUCAAAAA